AUGUCUACAGUUAGAGCACAAAAUCUCCAAGAUCUCAUUUAUAAGCGCGGACAAGCUGGCGUCACAAAAGCCAGUGUAACAAUUGUAUUUGACAAUCGAGAUACCAAGAAAUCGCCGAUCGGUUUCGAAGAAUAUGCCAGCAUCAGCGUGACGCGUCAGAUUGUGUUGGGCGGCACUUCAAAAUAUCUCAUCAAUGGCCACCGGGCGCAACAGCAGACUGUGCAAAACCUGUUCCAGUCCGUACAACUCAAUAUCAAUAACCCUAAUUUUCUCAUCAUGCAAGGGCGUAUCACCAAAGUCUUGAAUAUGAAAGCCGUUGAGAUCCUUGCUAUGAUAGAGGAAGCUGCCGGAACGAGAAUGUUCGAGGACCGUCGAGACAAAGCACUCAAAACAAUGGCCAAAAAGGAACUAAAACUCCAGGAGCUGCGAGAACUAUUAAGAGACGAGAUCGAACCCAAGCUAGAAAAGCUUCGAACAGAAAAGCGAGCAUUCCUCGAUUUUCAGCAAACCCAAAACGACCUUGAGCGUUUAACAAGAGUUGUUGUUGCCUACGAUUAUAUCAGAUGUCAGGAGAAACUGAAGCAGUCUGCAGCCGACUUGGAGGACAAGAAAAAUCGUUACAAGAAUUUGGAAGAAUCUGCGAUUCGACUCAAGAGCGAAAUAUCACACUUGGAAGAAGACGUGAAGAAAGUUCGAGCUCAGCGAGAUAAGGAGAUAAAGAAGGGAGGGAAAGCCGGCGCCCUUGAGGAGACCGUCAAGAAGCAUGCAAAUGAGUUGGUGCGUCUCACUACUGUGAUGGACUUAAAAAAUACGAGUUUAGCGGAGGAAAGGGAGAAGAGGCAAACAGUCGGGAAGACUGUCACAGAGAUGGAAACAGCUUUGAAGGACAAGACAACUGCUUUUGACAAUGCGAAGGCAUCUUACGAAAAGGCAAAGGAUGAUCUUGACAAGCAAACUCGGGAGGUUGAAUCGAAGGAAGAGCUUUUGCAAACCCUUCAAACUGGCGUCGCUUCCAAGGAUGGUCAAGAGAGUGGCUAUCAGGGUCAGUUGCAGGACGCGAGGAAUCGAGCCACAGCGGCCACCACCGAACAAGAACAGGCCAAACUCAAAAUUGCACAUCUUCAAAGUCGACUUAAGGAAGAAGAGCCACGCGCCAAAAAGGCAAAGGAACAGAACGCUGGGCUUCUUCGUGAUCUCGACGGACUAAGGGAACAAGUUCAACAACUUGAAAAGGGGCUCUGCAAGUUGGGCUUUGAGCCUGGGCAAGAAGAGGAAAUGUACAAACAAGAGACACAUCUACAACAGACAAUUCGAGGCCUUCGCCAGGAUUCAGACAAACUCAAGCGCCAAGUAGCCAACAUCGACUUCAAUUACGCAGACCCCGUUCCGGGAUUUGAUCGAUCUAGAGUAAAGGGGUUGGUUGCGCAACUUUUCACCCUUGACAAGGAGCAUACCAAGGCUGGCACAGCCCUCGAAAUUUGCGCUGGUGGCCGACUUUAUAACGUAGUUGUCGACUCAGAGGUCACAGGUACUCAGCUACUCCAAAAAGGUAAAUUACGAAAGAGAGUCACCAUAAUUCCUCUGAACAAGAUUGCUGCUUUCAAAGCGUCGGCCGAAUCUAUCGCGACUGCACAAAAUAUCGCGCCUGGAAAAGUUGAUCUUGCUCUUUCUCUUGUCGGAUAUGAUGAAGAAGUGUCUGCGGCUAUGGAGUAUGUCUUCGGAAAUACUCUAGUCUGCGCCGAUGCGGAGACCGCCAAGCGCGUGACUUUCGAUCCCAAUGUCAGAAUGCGAAGUAUCACUCUUGAAGGUGAUGCUUACGAUCCUUCCGGUACACUCUCGGGAGGUAGUUCGCCCAACUCUAGUGGUGUUUUGGUGACGUUGCAGAAAUUGAACAUUAUCACGCGUCAGUUGAAGGAAGCUGAGCAGACACUGAAAGAAGUCCAAACCAAAAUCAGCAAAGAGAAGUCAAAUCUGGAUCAGGCUCGUCGUAUCAAGCAAGAACUCGAUCUCAAGAAUCACGAAAUCAAACUUGCAGAAGACCAGAUUAGCGGUAAUUCUUCGUCCUCAAUCAUUCAGGAAGUGGAGAAUAUGAAGACCAGUAUCACUGAGAUUCAAAACAACAUUAUUGAGGCCAAGUCCCGCCAGGCUGAAGCCAAUGCAGAUAUCAAAAGGAUCGAGAAAGAUAUGAAGGAUUUCGAUACCAACAAGGAUGCAAAGCUUGUUGAACUCCAGAAGUCAUUGGAUGAGCUGCGAGCUGAUCUUCAGAAGAGCUCUGUAGCGGCCAAAAGCCUGCAAAAGGUGCAUCAAAAUGCUCAACUUGACCUAGAACAAGUGGGAGCCGAUCUGUCCGCCGCUCGAGAGCAGCUUCAGGAAGCUGAGGUUGGAAUCAAAGCGGCGCAGCAGGAUGUUGAAAGUCUUUCAGGACAGCGUGCUGCGUUGAAAGAAACGCACGACACUGUCCAAGCUCAGCUAGAUGAUGAGAGAGCCAAGCUCAGCUUGUUUGACGACGAACUUCGUUUGUCAGAGGAAGCCAUGCGGUCAAAAAACGCCCGCAUUACAGAAGAAGGGCUAGAAAUACAAAAACUUGGCCAUCAAAUUGAACGAUUCCACAAAGAACAGCAAGGAGCUGCGGAUAAUGUUGCUCAUCUGGAAUCAGAGUACGAAUGGAUCCAAGACGAAAAGGACAAAUUCGGGCGAAGCGGAACGCCUUACCAUUUCCAGGGCCAAAACAUUGGUGAAUGCAAAGCCACACUGCGCAAUCUUACAGAACGUUCCCAGGGGAUGAGGAAGAAGAUCAACCCCAAGGUUAUGAAUAUGAUUGACAGUGUCGAGAAGAAAGAAGUCACUUUGAAACACAUGAUUAAGACGGUCAUCCGCGAUAAAAGGAAGAUUGAAGAAACGAUCGUCAGUCUCGACGAUUACAAGAAGAAGGCCUUACACGAGACAUGGGAGAAGGUGAACGGCGACUUUGGCCAAAUUUUCUCGGAACUGCUUCCUGGGGGCAGUUUCGCCAAACUUGAUCCCCCUGAGGGCAAGACUAUUAGCGAUGGUCUUGAAGUCAAAGUGUGCUUGGGCAAGGUGUGGAAACAGAGCUUAACAGAGCUGAGUGGUGGCCAGAGAUCCCUGGUUGCUCUUUCGCUCAUCAUGGCACUUCUGCAAUUCAAACCAGCGCCGAUGUAUAUUCUUGACGAAGUUGACGCUGCUCUGGAUCUCUCCCAUACGCAAAAUAUUGGCCGUCUGAUCAAAACGCGGUUCAAAGGCUCGCAGUUCAUUGUCGUCAGUCUGAAAGAUGGUAUGUUCCAAAACGCCAACCGAAUCUUCAGGACACGCUUCAGUGAAGGCACGAGCAUGGUACAGGCCUUGACACCGGCGGACAUGAAGUAA